CUCCUCUCGCUCCCCACGCCCGUCUUCCAGGUCCAAGCCGGCAAGCUGCGCCGCCACAGCGAGCAGCGCUAGACGCCGCGACAGACACAUCCCGGCCGCGCGAGAGGUCCGACGGGCUACGGCCACCGGGCCACGGACAAGAUGAUGCCCUCGAGCCAGCCCGAUUUUUCGCCCUCGCAGUUCACCUCCUCCCAGAAUGCCGCCGCCGACUCCACCACCCCUUCCAAGAUGCGGGGCGCAUCAAGCACUAUGCCGCUCACCGUCAAGCAGAUCGCCGACGCGCAGCAAUCUGGCACUGGCGAGAAGGGCGCUCCCUUCGUCGUCGAUGGCGUAGAGACGGCUAAUAUUCGACUUGUGGGGAUGGUCAAUGGCAAGGCAGAGCGGACGACAGAUGUGUCAUUCACGCUCGACGACGGCACUGGUCGCCUCGAUUUCAUUAGAUGGGUGAAUGAUGUUUCAGAUUCUUCUGAAACUGCUGCUAUUCAGAAUGGUAUGUAUGUCUCGGUGAUUGGUAGUCUCAAGGGACUUCAAGAGAGGAAGCGCGCUACUGCUUUCUCAAUCAGGCCUAUAACUGAUUUCAAUGAGGUUACGCUGCAUUUCAUUCAAUGUGUUCGGAUGCAUAUAGAGAACACUAAAUUAAAGGUUGGCAGUCCUGCACGAACCAGUUCUUCUAUGGGAGCAUCAGCCUCAAAUGUAUUCAGUGAAUCAAGCACGCCAACAUCUUUGAAAUCUAAUCCAGCACCGGUGACCAGUGGUGCAAGUGGAUCCAACGAGACUGAUUUAAACACGCAGGUGCUGAAUAUUUUCCGUGAACCAGCGAACAUUGAGAGUGAGCAUGGGGUGCACAUUGAUGAAAUAAUCAAGCGGUUCAAAUUGCCUGAGAAUAAGAUAAGGGAGGCAAUUGUUUAUAAUGUGGAUGUUGGGCAUAUUUACUCAACAAUCGAUGAUUUUCACUACAAGUCAGCUUACACUGACUGAAGUUGUAUCCAAAAUCAAGCAUAUUUACGUGGCAUCUUAGAGGAUUAUCUAUCGUUUGAGAGACCUGAUUCCACCUCCUUGUACUGACCAACUCAAGAAGAAGGAUGGUAUCGACUAUCGAGGAAGGCUGUUUGAUGAUAUUAAACCUCUCUAAGAUGAUCCUAUGUGUAUGGGUUAUGGAAAUGUACUGCUGUUGUGUCAAUUGGUUGAUUUGUAUCAUCUGAUGAAGUUGUGACAGUGACGAUUAGUAACCCUUCGGCUCGGGGUGGUAGGUGUUUAUUAUGCUGCUUUUUUAA